GCUAGCAGGGGGGAUCAUGGUCCUGAGCCGCUACCUCCUGCUGCUCUUUCUCGUGGCCCUGCCAGCCCAGAAUGCCCAGAGUGCUCCAGCAGCUGGGCAGGGAGCAGUUGUGGACACAGAGAGUGCUCUUUCAGCCCCUGAGCGAGGGGCAGAUACCGUGCUGACUCCGAGCUGGUACCUCAAGCGGAUGAAGGAUGACAAGGUUCCUGAAGAGUUCCCUGAAGGAUUGCCGGAUGUUCCAGAGGAGCUCCUGGCAGCCUUGCAUGAAGCCCCAUCUGAGACAGAUUCUGAGACUGUGCCGGAGACCUUAGCUGUGGAAGAAAGUGACAGUGUGCCAGGCUCACAUGAAAAAAGAGAACCAAUAGAGGACACCAGGACACUUGCUGAGCCUGAGGAAUAUUCAGGGUCAUCCGGUGGGCAAAAAGCCCAGACUGCUGGACACUGUGACCCGAGCAAGUACUACAUCCUAGUAGGGACAGUAGCAGCCUCAGCUUUGCUUCUGCUUGGGGCAGUGUCUGGCUAUCUAGUCAUGCAUCAGCUGCUGAAGAGAGACAGGAGGAGCCAGGAGGACAAAGAGGCAACAGGACAGGACUGGGACUCUUCCUGGGAAAGCUGUGGUCAGCCUAGAGGUGAAGCAGAGUCAGGAGAAGGAGCGGGAAGCAGCGAGAGAGCCCAAGGCAACGGGUUCAGGGACAGCUGCCGCCUGUUUCCUGAGCUCUUUGCAGCAGAGCUCGCCCAGCUGCACAAGAACAUGAGCGCAGACCCGUCACCUCUGCCCACCUGCUCCUUCUGUGCUCUGGCUGACAACACCUCUUCACGGGACCACUGGAUUUCCCUGGAGUCACCUCAGCCCACAGCAUCCUCUUGGCCCUCCUACCAAUACCUGCAGGACUACUAUCUGUUAGAGGAUGAAGAUUAGUGAUAGUGAUAGAUGGUUAGUGAUAGUGAUAGCCAUAAAUAGUGAUAGUGGUAGUGAUUCUUUUAGUGAUAGUGAUAGGGACACUUGAUAUUAGAGGGUGGUGGUUGUUUUAAUGAUAGUGAUAGUUAAUAUUAGAGGAUAGUGAUGGUUUUAAUGAUAGCGUUAGUUAAUAUUAGGGGAUAGUGAUUGUUUCAAUGAUAGCGUUACUUGAUAUUAGAGGAGGGUGAUUGUAUUAGUGAUAGUGAUAGUCAUAAAUAGUGAUAGUGGUAGUGAUUCUUUUAGUGAUAGUGAUAGGGAUACUUGAUAUUAGAGGGUGGUGGUUGUUUUAAUGAUAGUGAUAGUUAAUAUUAGAGGAUAGUGAUUGUUUUAAUGAUAGCGUUAUUUGAUAUUAGAGGACAAUGAUUGUAUUAGCGAUAGUGAUAGUUAAUAUUGGAGGAUGGUGAUUGUUUUUGUGAUAGUGGUACAUUUAGUGAUAGUGAUACUUGGUAUUAGCAGACAAUGAUUGUUUUCUUGAUCUUGAUAAAUAAAUAUUUUUCCAAAAGCA